AUGGUUCCUCUUUUAGCACCGAGUUCGUACUCGGGCCAACCCGUGCGACCUGUGUCGUCAGCAAUGAAGCUUGAGCCCGAAUUUCCGUUGGAGACUACGCUGACAAAUGAUGGCGCAAAACUCGGCAAGAAAAGACCCAUAGUUGCUCAUAUCAGGGAUUUCAUAGUUGCUAUACUCGUAGGCCGGGAGAAAGGCAUUUUCAUCAACGAAAACGUGAAUACUAAGGAGUCUGUUGUUCUCUGCUGGCACAACUGGCUUCAUAAUUUGAGCGACUCCGUGUCCCGGGAUAGUAACUUUGUCAAGGACCAUGACCUCGCUGUCGGCAGUAUCGAAGUGCUUAUGGAUCAGCCGAACACUAACACCCCUGGGGACAUUAUGCUUUUCAAGCUGUUUGCUGCUUUACCCCUCAGUGUUGACCCCUCUGUGAUGGCUCGUCGGGCGCUUUGUGAUGGCCCAUGUUCCGGUGAGAAUGGCGGUGUGCAGAUGCGUCAAGCGGACCAACAAAACAGCCAGCCAAGCAGGUCCAAGCAAGUUAAUUACGUCGAUACACUUGGCAACUUCGAUGCUGCUCCCCGGCCCCUCAAUUUGUCCGAUGUGGAUGGACUUGGAUCGAGAGGGUUGACAAACGAGGGUCAGGGCCGCGACCUCCUUGCCUCCUUCACAACACGUCGUGGCACAGAGUUCAUUUUGCUAUUUUCAACUUCCCUCGCCCUCCAAAAAUCCGGCUCUUUAAAUCGCAUCACCCUUACCGUUUUUUUAACUGUGAGGCAUGUUGAAUUCUCAGCUUCUCCCGUAGGAAAGCACUCACCAGCACCUCAGCUGGCCACCAUGGACGAAGAAGAAAUUUUCGACAACAUAGACGGCCGCAUGCAUGGACCCAUGCCCGGGUUCAUAAGAAAGUUCUUUGGAAAAUCCCCCCAUACUCACCGAGACGAUGGACGGGAGGUCCAGUCACUUGCUCCAACCCCCGACAGUUUCCUGCACUGGUUUUCAAACUUUGUAUCCGAGAAAUCCGAUGCUGACCGAGCCUCGUGGCACGUAUUCAGAAACACCGUAACGGCGAACCAGGAGCAGACUGACGUGGGGACAAGUCUCCUCCUGACUAUGCCUCCAUCACCAAACCCGAACGGCCAGAUCAGUUGGAGCCAUGUCCAAGUCAUUGGCCAAUUCAACCACGAUGACGUUGGUUAUCAAGACGGACUGUUGCGUCUCUGCCAAUCCGCCCAGCGAGUUUUUGCUAGUCAGCCGAUCCGACUCUUCCUCCAUGGCUUUUACAUACGUGGUUCACUGAUCGAAUUUUGGCUCUUUGAUAGAUCGGGGUUAUAUUGCAGCGAGGUAUUCGACGUUCAGAAAGAUUUCGAUCAAUUGGCUUUCAUUGUGCUUAACUACGGCCAGAUGACCGACGAGCAACUAGGAAACCUAAAACUAAUUAAGACUGACGAAGAAGGAAGCUACAUAAGUAUUGAGAGUGCGGCAAAAUCAAAUUUGGAGAAACUCUACCUAGAAUGCCAACCGAUUGCCCGUCGUGAAGACCUCGUCGGGACAGGGACAACCUGCUACCGUGCCAAGCCAUCCGGCUCGAAUCACUGGAAUUACGUCUUGAAAUUCAAAUGGAGAUGGGCCAGACACCGCCCGGAGGACGAGCUACUCAGGCUAGCCAAGGAGAAAUGCGCCACAAGUGUCGUCUCCCUCGACUAUUACAAGGAAAUCCAAAGUACAGCAGAUUUGCGCGCGGGUCUCCGAUGGGGGACACAUAGAAAGUUUUCCAGCGAGCAGCACUCGGGUAGCAGACACAAAGGCGUUGACGACCUGCGUCAACCGACCGGACUAGCCGCGUACACGGAGGAAACCGACAACUACUUCCAAAACCGUAUUCUCACUUGUGUCCUUACGUCUCCUGCCGGUAGACCACUUGACACGUUUCGAUCUCCAUUAGAACUGCUUCAAGUAUUCCGUGAUGCUAUCCAGUGUCAUCGAUCACUCUACCAAGACGCCAAGAUUCUUCACCAGGAUGUCUCUGCGGGGAACAUGAUUAUUCUGGAUAAUCAAGAAGGAGGGGGACCAAAAGGGACGCUGAUAGAUCUUGAUUCUGCCAUACAUCUUGAAGCCGACUUGGAACGUCCUCCAAGUAUUACUGGAACUAGACCAUUCAUGGCCAUUGGCGUCUUGAAGCACCAUCGUCACACUUACAGACACGACUUGGAGUCUUUUUUUUAUGUGUUUCUGUGGAUAAUUGUAACCAAUCGCGCCGACGAUCCCCCGGAAGCGAGCAAGCUCCGCCAAUGGAGCAAUGGCAACUGGGACGAACUAGCUGCACGCAAGUCUCGCGAUGUGGACUGCGAUGGUUUUGCAAGUAUUUUGGGGGAGUUUCCUGUAGAGUUUCACCCCCUAAAGUCACUUGCCGAAACAGUUUGGAAGAUAUUGUUUCCACUGCGAGAUGGGACGAUGUGGAUUGGCACUGAUACCAAGGCUGAAGCUGUGGACAGGCUCUAUGAUCAAGUGAUUUACGCUUUUGAGGAAGCAAUAGUUGGUCUUGGGUCUCUCGAGUAG